GCGCCUAUGGAGUGCGAGAAAUGUGAGAAAAAGCAGAAGAGUAGAGCAUUUUGCUACUUUUGUCAGAGCCUCCAGCGUUUGCCGAUUUGUGCACAUUGUGGAAAAGUGAAGUGCAUGCUGAAAACUGGCGAUUGUGUAGUAAAACAUGCAGGAGUAUAUACGACGGGACUUGGCAUGGUUGGAGCAAUUUGUGAUUUUUGUGAGGCAUGGGUGUGUCAUGGGCGCAAGUGCCUACAAACUCAUGCCUGUACUUGUCCUCUACAAAACGCAAUCUGUCUUGAGUGCGAGUGAGGUGUUUGGGAACAUGGUGGUCGUAUCUUCAAAUGCUCGUUUUGUGAUGGAUUCUUAUGUGAGGAUGACCAAUUUGAGCAUCAAGCGUCGUGCCAAGUUCUCGAAUCUGAAAAUUUCAAGUGUCAAAGUUGCAAUCGACUCGGCCAAUAUUCAUGCUUGCGUUGCAAGACGUGCUAUUGUGAGGAUCAUGUUCGGAGAAAGGGAUUUAAAUAUGAAAAGAACAAAGCUAUUCCAUGCCCAAAAUGCAACUAUGACACUUCAGUAACAAAAGAUUUGAGCAUGUCAACAAGAUCCCACAAAUUUGGCAGACAGCAACAAGGUGGACCAGCAGAUAGUGAUGAUGAAUAUGGCGGUUAUUCGUAUUAUGGUGCAGGGGCCUAUGGUGGCGGCUCCAGUUAUGCCCAGGAGGAUGAAAGUGGUGAUGAUGAUGAUGAUUACGAAAUUAGCGACGACGAUUCUGAUGAAGAUGAUAGUGAUCAAUCACAAGAGGGGCAAAAUAAAGACAAAUAAGGCAUUAGUUUGGUUAUAUUUACAUAUUUAGCUCCCUUGGCAUUUACUACCAUCAAAAGAGAAUGUAUAUACAAAGAAAUAAAAUGAACUAGUAGUCUUUAAAACUAAUCCACAGAACA